AUGCUGGCUGUCCUAGCGGAAAAAUUGUCAACCGAUUUGGCUAGGGACACAGAGGCACUUUUGUUGAUAACCAAGGGCAAGACGAGAAGUGUGGUUGAACUCUGUCAUCAAGCUAGGACAAAUCAUUUUAAGAACUGGGGUAGCUAUAGAAGUACACAACCUUUUAUUUCAUUACAGGUCCGUCCAGCCAUCUCAGUAGCUACCCAAACUGCUGUCUCCACCUCAGUAGCAUCACACUCACAUGGUCCACUUCAGCGCCCUCAGGUGAAGCAACGUCCACGGACCCAGGUUAAUCGUCAGCCUUCUACUGGCGGAACUGUAACUCAGACUCCUGUGCCUACUCAAACGGCUAACACACAAACACAGACGCAACCCACACAGCACCAGAAGGCUGAUGCGGCAAAUCAGACCAAGCCGACCUCUGAAGUACGUGCUCCGGCGAGUACACAGAAUAAGUCUACAGCAACAGAAACUAAGCAACAAGCAGCACAAGUCAGGCCAAACCAUAUUUCUGUUGUACCCAUAACAACUGCCCCCAAAACUGCCACUACAGCCACUAACACUGUUUCAACAGCAACAAGCAUGUCUGUUAUACCAACUAAGGAAAAAAAAGAAGAGACCAAAAUGGAUACCAAACAAGAAACAACAGCGCCAUUGCCAGUACCUGCAACUAAUGGAAAUCAUGAAACCCCACCCCCAGAAAAGAAAGAGGAAAGUGUUAAGAACAAGAUUCAAGAACCACCACCUCCACCUCCAGAACCUAUGAAAGAAAAGCAGCUUCAAAAGGCAAUUGUAAAACCACAUGUUUUAACUCAUGUAAUUGAAGGAUAUGUUAUCCAGGAAGGACCAGAUCCGUUCCCAGUAAGUAACUCAAAUUUUCCAAAGUAA